GCCUACUUCGUUCCCUGUUUGUCCCACGUAAAUGUUAGCACAAUCUUUGCAUUCUACACAAUAAACAACUCCAACUUUUCUAUGAUCUUUUCCUUUGUAUUUGUGUGAGAAACUGCUACCCAGUGUCCGAUACUUUCGAAAUCCAAAUCCUAUAUUUGUAAUACCAAAUUUGUGGAGACUUCUCUUUAAGCUCGAAACAAAUUUCUUUGAUUCACUUCCUAGAUAAUGGGAAAGGUAGGGUUGAAAAUAAAAUGUGGAUGCUCACAGUGCACAUAACAAUUGAGCAAUAGAUAGUUCUGUUCGCCUUUUAAAGCUGCAUCAAAUGGUAUAUAAAACUUACCUUCAAACUUGUUGUAUUCUGAGAAAAGUACGAAAAACACAUCGGAAUGGGUUCCGGGAGCUAUUAGUCAAAGCUAAUCGAUUUUUCUCACAGAUAUGAGGCUCGAAGAGAAAUCAAGGCUCUAGAACCCCAUAAAAUCAAAUGCUCUUUCAUUCUAGAUACCUGUCGAGAAUAUCUGAAAUGGGACCGAUUCUCGUUCUUAUUGUACCCCGUUCUUUCUAACAACUUUUUUACUUGUUAAAUUUUAGAAGAACGACUAUCAAUAGAAGAAGAAGCAUAUUAUGAAGACUGUAAAAAAUAUUAUCGUGUUGUAGGAAAACCAUUAAUAGCAAUUUCUAGUGAUAAUAAUAUUGAAUUAUCAUCAUCAAGACAAAUAAAAUUUGGUCAUACAUAUUGGAGUGGUGAAUUGAAUGAUGGUAAAGAUCGUGGUAGUAAACCAUAUUAUUGUCCUGUUGGAUGGAAAAUAUACUCGUUUUAUAUUACUAAAACACCACAAGACUCUUAUCAGAAAUUUAAAGGAUGGUGUAUAUGUUAUCACGGUACAAAAUUUCAAUAUGGUUUAGCUAUUUUAUUAUUAAGUGGAUUAAAACUUGCAAAUCAGGCAGCACAUGGUGCUGGAGUAUAUUUUAGUCCCUCCAUUAAUUAUGCAUGUCAUCCAAGAUAUUCUGAUGUCCAACAAAUUCCAUCGGAAUAUCAAACGGAUUUUUCCAAAUCUGGUAGAUAUUUGCAAUUUGUAUUAGAAUGCCGUGUUCAUCCAGACAAUAUUAAAAAAAUAGCAAACAAAACAUUAUCGGCUAACAGUACUACUGGCGAUCCUAAUAUAAAUAAUAGUGUUAUUGAAUGGGUUGUUGAUCAUGGCGGUAAACAAAUUGUGAACUUUGAAGAUCCAGGCUCUCCUAUUGUUUGA